CGAUAACAACUGUCAAUUACAUAACUUUGAACUUUCUGCGAUGUCGGCGCGCGCUAUCAGUACAAUGGUAAUUGGUAAAUCGAAAAUUCAUAAUAUCAAUUUUGGGCAUUUCGGCUCGGAAUUCUUGAAUAAUUGAAUAAUUGAAAAUUGAUAAAUAAUAAUUCACGGAUAGUAUCUCCGUUGUAAAAUUUUAAAUUAUUCUGAACCGUAGUAUAAUUAACAGGCAAUAGUGAGAUAGGCCGAAGGUACUAUAUUUAUAAUAAUAAUUUACUGCGUCGUCGUUCUCCAUUUUGCCAUUUCCACUUUCCAGUAAUCAUUUAAAUAUUAAAUCAUCAAUCAUGUCAUUUGAAAAUCUGGCCAAUGAUCCGUUUUUUGUUUCGGGAAUAGAGUUGUUGAACAAUCUCGAUGACAAGAAGUUUGUUCGUUUAGUUGACAGGAUGAUACAAGAUUUUGAACCCAAUCGAUUGUCUUCGUUUUCAGAACUUGAACUAGCAUCCAUGGAAAAAUCUUUGAAAUUGAACAAUAACCAAUGUCAGUGUUUACUGAAUUGUUUAAACCAAUUAUUGAAAGAAGUUAUAAGUGAUGUGACAAAACCUUUGGUACUAAAAAAUGUGUUGUCUACACUAUUUUCGUUUAAUGGGAGAAAAGUUGAAUUGUUUUGUGAAUGUUGGUCUAAAAAUGCUGAACAAGUUGUGUCUAGACUACAACAAAACUUUACUCAUUCAUACAGGUUAAAGGACGUAAAUUGGGCUUUGAAUAUUUCAUCAAAUGUUGGAAUUGAAUUAUCUGAUCCAGAACCUAGAUGUUUAAUAGAGUUAAAAGUUGAAGACAGCCAAUAUCAUAGUGAACCUAAAAUCAAAGAAGUUACUUUGGAUUUAAAUGAAAGAGAGUUGAAGAAACUCUACGAUACAUUAGAAACAAUUAAAGUAAAACUAGAUUCGCUUUCGGAUUAAUAAGGGUUAUUAAUUAGAAUAUAUUAUUAAAUAUUUGUAUUUAUUCACUUUAAUAUUAUCAAUUACAGUAAUUGCUUAUUAUAUUUAAUGCUUCGUACAAGUAUUAAACUUUUAUAAAAAUUUAGCUAACCACAGUUUAUUAUAAUUUGUUGAUUAUUUAUUUUAUUUUUUAAAUUAUAUAAUUGUUGUUUUAUACCAAUGAUUUUAUGUGUACAAGAAUAUAAAAAUGUUUGUGCACAAA